AUGGAAGAACUCAUUGAGAAUUCACCAGCAGUCAUUGAUACCGAAGGAAACAAGGAAUUACUCACAACUACUCCACCAUUAAACGUUAUUUUCCUUGGACAUGUGGAUGCUGGUAAAAGCACGCUCUCUGGCCGUAUUCUUUUGGAUACCGGUAUGAUUGAUGAAAGAGUGAUUGAAAAGUUUAAAAUUGAAGCAAAAGAAAACAACAGAGAGUCAUGGUAUAUUGCCUAUAUUAUGGAUUGUAGCGAAGAUGAAAAGGAGAGAGGUAAGACCAUUGAAGUCGGACGAGCACACUUUGAAACUCAAAAGAAACGUUACACAAUUCUCGAUGCUCCGGGACACAAGGCUUACGUUCCAAACAUGAUUGCCGCUACUACACAAGCCGAUGUUGGUAUUUUGGUUAUUUCGGCAAGAAAGGGAGAAUUUGAAGCAGGUCUCGAUAGAGGUGGACAAACAUUGGAACACACAGUUUUGGCUAAAACUUUGGGUGUGGACCAAUUAAUUGUUGUUGUCAACAAAAUGGCUGAUCCAACCGUUGACAGAGAUAAAGCAAGAUAUGAUGAAAUUGUUUCAAAGGUCAGCAAUACUUUGAAGAGCAUAGGAUGGAAUUUAAAGACCCAAGUUCAAUUCAUUCCAAUUGACGCUCUCAGUGGAGGGAAUAUUAAGACAAGAAAUCUUGACUGCCCUUGGUACACUGGUCCAUCAUUGAUUGAGGCUUUGGAUGAGAUCAAAUUCACAGUUACUCACGAUAGUAGUGCUCCAUUGCGAUUACCAAUUAUUGACAGAUACAGAGACAAGGGAUGCACAGUCGCUUUGGGUAAAGUGCUGAGCGGUCAAAUUAAAAUUGGUCAAAAGGUUGUAGUCAUGCCAAAUAGAGCUGUAUGUGAAGUUGUGGCUUUGAAGAGUCACGAAAUCAAUAUUCAUGGUGGAGUGGUUGAGGCUGGUGAAAAUGUUGAGCUGUACUUGAAGGGUGACGACGAAAAUAUUUCAGCUGGUCACGUUGUUUGUGAUCCUGAUCAUUUGUUAGAACCUGUUCAAGAAUUUAUUGGUCAAAUUCAUAUUUUGGAUAGCUCAGAACAUGUCGAUGUUAUUUGUUCUGGCUUUACUACCAAUGCUCACUUCCACACUGUCAUGGAAACUAUUCAAAUUACAAAACUCUUAAGCAAACUCGACAAGAAGACUGGGAAACCAUUGCCACAAGUACCAAAAUUCAUUCAAAAUAAGGAUACUGCAGAGGCUGUUUUUAGACUUGAAAGACCAGUUUGCAUUGAGAAGUUUGAAACUUUGAACUCUAUGGGAAGAUUUGUUUUACGUUCAGAUAGAACUAUUGGUGUUGGACGAGUUAAGAAGGUGAAACCUUUGAAUAAGUAA